UCGGCGCGACAGUCUACGGUUGCGUGAUAGUCUGAAAAUGGCAAAAUUAACUCUCUUAUUACUGACUACAAGCCUAUUGGCGAGCUGUUUACACGCAGUUCCUCUGAAGGGAGACGAUCGCAAGAAACUCUCAGUGGAGGCAAGAUCAGACGCCUCGGAAAUUCAACUUUUACGCUUCGAGAACAAUCACAACGCACUGGACACCUACCAGUUCAAUUACGCACUAAGCGAUGACCAAACACGUGACGAGGUCGGAACGCUCAAGGACGGUAAAGAUGCUGAAGGCAACGAUGUGCGCUAUUACGUAGUACAAGGAUCCUAUUCGUUCGUCGGAAACGACGGACAAACCUAUUGGGUGCAUUACACGGCCGAUGAGAACGGAUAUCAUCCUCGAGUGGGAACUGGGCCUGAUCCGGAGAAGAAGUUUUAAGCAGCAGAAUGAAACCAGAUCAGAAACCCUGAAAUUCAAACACCUACAUUUAGUUCAAAUGAAAGGUGAUAUGGAAAAUACAAACACCUAUGUGUCAAAUUUGUUUGAUCAAAAAGCAACGUGAUUCAAAGACGAACAUUGAAAUAUAAAGUUGCUAAUCUUAUUUCAUUUGAUAGAUUCCUACUGAUAAGAAAAUUA